UGCGGAUCAGCUGGCGAAGCAAUAACAUCACAAACCAUAUCUGCUGGAAACACACACACACACACACACACACAAGCUGCAGAUGCUCCGACUGAAACGACGUGUAAACCAGAAUUUACACGCAGAUUUCUUCUGAGAAGAAAGACUUUUUCAUAUUUUUUGUGAAUUUACUACCUCAUAUAAAGAGAACACCUAAAGCUAUGCUUUAAGAUUUUUGUGGUUUUUAUUGUGUGGUCGUCGCGUUUACAACUUGAAUACUUUUGCAGGUAAGACAGAUCUUUGCACCAAGUGAGACCUUAUAUUACACUGCGCCUUCUCUGAGACUCAAAAAAGGCCCAUACACCUGUGAUCAACCUGCCAUCUGUUACAUCACUGAAAAACAACAACAUUAGUGACUAUAGUUAAUAAAAUAGCUAUUAAAAAAAAAAACCUUAUACGGCAGCUAUCCCUCAGGAAACAAAAAACUGUGACCUUUGACCUCCGAGACAGUCAUGUUCCAGCGGUUCACCAGUUUGUUCUUCGGAAGCGAAGAAGAAGUUACUCCAGAUCUGAAGGGACCGAAGCCCUGUGUGUCUGAGGCUGAUGAAGAGGGAUGGCUCCUGGUCAAUCUGCACGGUGAGGAUGGGCCAGAGGCAGCUUCAGUAGCAUGCGCCCGUCCCCGCAGUGAAUGUCAUGCAUCUCAGAUAUGCGGCCCCUCUCCUCCCACCUGCAGAAACCGCAGGACUAGAGCAGGCAGAAUACAGGCAGCACAUCCUUCCUUCCCUUCCAUCAGCUCUCCUCCUGAUCCCGCCUCCUUCUCUCACCUUGAGUCAGUAGAAGUGAAUGUGUUCUUAAGCGAGCGGGGCUCAAGCUCCUGUAGUGACUGCAGCAUGGAUGAGAGCUGGUUUGUCACCCCUCCCCCCUGUUUUACUGCAGAGGGAGCCACGGCGGAGGCUAGCCCCAUGGAGGACCUCCUCAUCGAGCACCCCAGCAUGUCCGUGUACGUCUCAGCUGGCCCUCUCCCGGUGGAAGAGAGCACCACCAGCUUGGCUGGCAGUGUCAGCCGGAUGUCUGAAUCAGCAGUGCCUGCUGUGACCAGGAGCAGCAUGCCCACACGGGUGACCCGAGGAGCAGCCGCACAGGCUGGAGCCCUUGCUAAAGUCACCCAGGUCUCCAGGGUCCAGAGGGCCAAAGCCCGCACUGAGCGUCGCCACCUGGCACGCAACCGCAUGCAGCGACAAAACCGUGUGCGUGAACAGGUCCAACGGCGUGCGACCCACACCCGCAACUCCUUCCUGCACCAACCGUGCCAGCGCAACGUCUGCCACUGAGGCAUCAAAGUUUACAUUGAGGGCAUUAUUACACACCCCAAGAAACCCACACCUCCCAAUGAAUCCCCUACCUUCUUAAUUGACCUCUAAAGUCCUCCUUUUGCUUUUACUGGUUUUAUGUCAAUAAUUUUAUUCAGUUUCAUAUUAAUCAAGUUUGUUUUUGAGCACCAGCCUAAAUCAGUUUCCCAGUCUGGGAGUAUAGCUGAAAAGGAGACACGUGUAAACUCUGUAUCUUUACAUGUAUCCCUCUAAAUGUAUAACAAUGACACUUCAGGUACAUUGGCACUGUUCGUUGAAAUAUAAUCAGGUUAAAUUGUCAAAAGAAUGAACCAAGCACUGAAUGCUUCAUUGAAACAUGACCCUAAGAUUUCCAGAAGAGAUUCGUACCCUGCAAUGUCACAUUUAAGAAAAGCUACUACAGCAAUAGAAGGGUCAC